AUGGGCUGCCGCUGCCGGCUGCUGCUAUGGCUCGGAGCAGUGGGCGCCACUCUCUGCUCCAACUUGGAGUUCCAGGUGCCUUUUGUGCCAUCCUCAACCACGGAGCCACCAGCUUCACGUUCCCACGACGCUCAUGCCCGCGGCCCACCUCGAGGUUUGGAGCUAGCUUCUCCCCUUGAAACCCCAGACUCUGAGGGGCCUUGGGUGUUCUUCACCUGUGGGGCCAGCGGCCGGCAGGGGCCCACACAGACACAGUGCGACGGGGCGUAUGCGGGCAGCAAUGUGGUGGUGACGGUGGAGGCCGCAGGGCACCUGAGGGGCGUGCAGCAGUGGCGAGCUCCCCGGUCUGGCCAGUACCUGAUCUCAGCCUACGGAGCCGCGGGCGGCAAAGGCGCCAAGAACCACUUGUCUCGGGCGCAUGGGGUCUUUCUGUCCUCAGUUUUCACCUUUAGUCGCGGGGACCCACUCUACAUCCUGGUGGGACAUCAGGGAGAGGACGCUUGUCCAGGAGGGAGCCGGGAGAGCCAGCUGGUCUGCCUCGGAGAGUCUCUGGCCGAGGAGCACGCGGCAAGCAAUGAUUCCGAAAGGGUCCGGGGGUCGCGGAGCUGGGCCGGGGGCGGCGGGGGUGGCGGAGGCGCGACCUACAUCUUCCGGUUGCAUGCCGACGAGCUGGAGCCGCUGCUGGUGGCGGCCGGAGGCGGUGGUCGGGCCUACCUGAGACGGCUCGACCGAGGCCAAACCCAGACCGCCCCCGAGAAGCUGGAGACCCGCACGGCGGCGCCUGGGAGCGGCGGGCGAGGCGGGGCGGCAGGUGGAGGGGGCGGCUGGACGUCGCGGGAGCGCUCGCCGCAGGCUGGCGGCUCACUGCUGGAGGGAGCGGAGGGCGGCCAGGGCUGCGCAGAGGCCUGGGCUGCUCUGGGCUGGGCCGCGGCCGGAGGCUUCGGGGGCGGUGGCGGGGCUUGCACUGCCGGUGGAGGAGGCGGCGGUUACCGCGGAGGUGAUACCUCAGAGACUGAUGUCCUCUGGGCCAAUGGGGAAGAUGGGGUCUCAUUCAUACAUCCCAGCAGUGAGCUCUACCUGCAGCCUCUGGCAGUCACAGAGAGCCACGGAGAGGUGGAGAUCCGUCUGUACUUCAACUGCAGUCACUGCUCUUUCAAAGAGUGCCAGUGGCAGGCAGAGAUCCAGUUGGCCAGGUGUAUGUGCCCAGAGGGCAUGCAGCUAGCUGCAGAUAAUAUUACUUGCUUGGAUCAUCCCACUCCCACAGGCUCCCUGGUUAUGAUGGUGGCUGCGGUGGCAACCUUGAUACUGAGCCUCCUUGUGGUGUGCAGGGUGCUAAUUCUGGUCAACCAGAGGUGUCUGGGCCUAAGGAGAACGAGGCUGCCAGGCCCUGAGCUCAGGCUGAGCAAGCUUCGUACCUCGGCCAUCUGGACAACCCUCAACCCUUACUACCGCCAAGUGGGGUUUGGCUCAGCCCAGGCUUGGCCUCUUCCCCCAGGGCUCACUGAGGUUUCCCCAGCCAAUGUCACUUUGCUCAGAGCCCUGGGUCACGGUGCCUUUGGGGAGGUGUACGAGGGACUGGUAAUUGGUCUUCCCGGGGAUCCCAGUCCUCUGCAGGUGGCUAUCAAGACCUUGCCAGAACUCUGCUCCCACCAGGAUGAGCUGGACUUCCUCAUGGAGGCGCUCAUCAUCAGCAAGUUCAGCCAUCAGAACAUCGUGCGGUGUGUGGGCCUCAGCCUCCGGGCCGCCCCUCGCCUCAUUCUGCUGGAACUGAUGUCUGGGGGCGACAUGAAGAGUUUCCUGAGGCACAGUCGACCCCACCUGGGCCAGCCAUCACCUCUGGCCAUGCAGGACCUGCUGCAGCUGGCCCAGGACAUUGCCCAUGGCUGCCAUUAUCUGGAGGAAAAUCACUUCAUCCAUAGGGACAUUGCAGCCCGAAACUGCCUGCUGACCUGCAGUGGAACCAAUCGAGUGGCCAAGAUCGGGGACUUCGGAAUGGCAAGAGACAUCUACAGGGCCAGUUAUUACCGAAAGGGUGGCCGGGCCUUGCUACCAGUUAAAUGGAUGCCCCCAGAGGCCUUCCUGGAGGGCAUCUUCACAUCCAAGACAGAUUCCUGGUCCUUUGGGGUGCUGCUCUGGGAGAUCUUCUCCCUGGGCUACAUGCCUUACCCUGGCCGAACCAAUCAGGAGGUACUGGACUUCGUUGUUGGAGGAGGCAGGAUGGACCCUCCCCGGGGCUGUCCAGGGCCUGUGUACCGUAUCAUGACUCAAUGUUGGCAGCACCAGCCUGAGCUUCGCCCCAGCUUUGCCAGCAUCUUGGAUCACCUUCAAUACUGCACCCAGGAUCCUGAUGUGCUGAACUCACCCCUACCAGAAGAGCUGGGGCCCACCAUGGAGGAGGAAGGGACUUCUGGGCUAGGGAGCAUGUCUUUGGAAGGCAUAAGAUCCCUACAACCUCAGGAAUUGAGUCUAGGGAACUUGAAGAGCUGGAAAGAGAGCCCCUUUGGACCUUGCCUGCCCUCUGGCCUAAAGUCCCCCAAAUCCAGGUGCCUCCAGCCUCAGAACCUUUGGAAUCCUACAUACAGCUCCUGGGUCCUGAGGGACCGUGAGGGUGAAGACUCAGGCAUUGAUACCAGUAAUCGCUUCUCCCUGCACUCCUCCCCAGGCAUCUAG